AUGUCGGCACUUCAAAGAUCCCUACCACCCAUGCUGGUCCCGAAUUCAGUUCUUCUGACGGCCGCAUUCGCACAAAAAACAACGCAAGGCCUUCUUUCUGCCCUUGAAAAGCACAUUCCCAGACUACAAAACUUCUUCUUGGACAACAAUGGCAAGAUCCGAACAGCACUGGGCAUCGCGGUCGCACUCAACCUUAUUCGCUGGGCAAAUAGAUUCCUAAAUGACAUAGCGCGCAAUUCCUGGCGUGCAAGCCCCCCCAGCAACUUGAUCUGGUUCAAUGAGAUAGCCGUCGUCACCGGUGGCUCUGGCGGCAUCGGGAUGACUGUUGUUGACAAGCUUAUCAAGAAGGGUCUUGGCGUCGCAGUGCUUGACUUGAAAGAUCCACCCGAGGCCUUCAAAGACCAGCCUCGUAUCUUGUUCUAUAAGUGCGAUAUAACGAAGCCAGACGAUGUGGCAGCUGCUGCGAAGGAAAUACGCACCAGCAUCAGCCAUCCCACUAUCCUCAUUAACAACGCUGGUAUCUGUCGUCCUUGCCGUAUCCUAGAUGCUUCCGCAGAGGGACUGUUACAGACAUUUUCUGUCAACACUCUCGCGCACUGGUUUACUGUGCAACAAUUCCUCCCCGAUAUGAUCAAGAACAACAAGGGCCAUAUUGUCACCGUGGCGAGCGCAGCCUCCUUCCUCGCCUUGCCCCGGUGUAGUGAUUACUCCAGCAGCAAGUCAGCCGCCGGCGCGUUUCAUGAUGUGUUAGCAAGCGAGCUUAAGUACUUUUAUCAUGCGCCAAAUGUAAUCACUAGCGCAGUCCACACCCAGUUCGUCAGAGCACCCAUCAUUCAGGACAUCCAGAAGCGUUUUGACGAGGAGGGGCAGAACAUUCUCGAAGCCGAUUUCGUAGGCGAGAAAACUGUUGAGAGGCUGGAGAGCAAGAGGGGUGGCGUUUUGGUUCUUCCCGAGAGUCGGUCGUUUCUUUCUGCAGUUUCUGCUUGGCCGGCAUGGAUGCAAGGAAUAGUGCGAGACAAAUACGGACGUGCAUCGGCCAAGCGCAACGAAUGA